AUGGAUGAGGGGGCUCAGCCGAGCAGCCCCCUGGAGCCCCCCGGGGCGGGCAGCGAGGAGGAGGAGGGGGCCGCCGGCCCGCCCCCCACGCACGGCCUCUGCCCCGGCGAGCGGGACGCGGGCGAGGGGCCGCCCGCCGCCGACGUCAAGCGCUCCCAGCCCCUCUUCAUCCACGCCGGCAGCCGGAAGCCGGCGCCGGAGGAGCCGCGCGCCUCGUCGCUGCCCUGCAUCCCCAACCCCUUCCCCGAGCUCUGCAGCCCCUCCAACUCCCCCAUCCUCAGCAGCCCCACCGGGGGGCAGGGGCCCCCCCGUGAAGGCGCCUCCCACGUGGUGAAGGUGUUCAGCGAGGAUGGCGCGUGCCGCUCGCUGGAGGCGGCGGCGGGCACGACGGCGCGGCAGCUCUGCGAGACGCUGGUGCGGCGGGCGCACGCGCUGCAGGACCACAGCUGGGCCCUGGUGGAGCUGCACCCGCACCUGGCCCUGGAGCGGUGCCUGGAGGACCACGAGUCGGUGGUGGAGGUGCAGGGCGCCUGGCCCCCGGGCGCCGAGAGCCGCCUCGUCUUCCGCAAGAACUUCGCCAAGUACGAGCUCUUCAAGAGCAACGGGCAGUCCCUCUUCCCCGAGGUGAUGGUGGCCGGCUGCCUGGAGGUGAACAAGAGCAUGGCGCACUCGGAGCUCAUCCAGAACUUCCUCAACUCCGGGAGCUGCCCCGAGGUCCAGGGCUUCCUGCACCUGCGGGAGGCCGGCCGCAAGGUCUGGAAGCGAUUCCACUUCUCCCUGCGCCGCUCGGGGCUCUACUACUCCACCAAGGGCACGUCCAAGGACCCCCGGCACCUGCAGUACUUCGCCGACCUCACCGAGUCCAACGUCUACUACGUGACGCAGGGCAAGAAGCGCUACGGGACGCCCACCGAGUUCGGCUUCUGCAUCAAGCCCUGCAAGGCGCGGAGCGGCACCAAGGGCCUGAAGCUGCUGUGCAGCGAGGACGAGCAGAGCCGGACGUGCUGGAUGGCGGCUUUCCGCCUCUUCAAGUACGGCAUGCAGCUCUACCGCAACUACCAGCAGGCGCAGGCCCGGCUCGGCCAGCCCCCCUGGACCGGCCCCACGCCCCUGCGGAGCGUGUCGGACAAUGCGCUGGUGGCCAUGGACUUCUCGGGGUGCACGGGCCGGGUGAUCGAGAACCCCAGCGAGGUGCUGACGGCCGCCCUGGAGGAGGCGCAAGCCUGGAGGAAGAAGACGACGCACCGGCACAGCCUGCCGGCGGCCUGCCAGACCUCCCCGCUCAGCACCGCCAUCCACCGCACCCAGCCCUGGUUCCACGGGCGCAUCUCCCGCGAGGACACCCAGCGGCUCAUCGGCCGGCAGGGCCUGGUGGAUGGCGUCUUCCUGGUGCGGGAGAGCCAGCGCAACCCCAAGGGCUUCGUGCUGUCCCUGUGCCACCUGCAGAAGGUCAAGCACUAUCUCAUCCUGCCGAGCGAGGAGGAGGGCCGGCUCUACUUCACCAUGGAUGACGGGCAGACCCGCUUCGCCGACCUCAUCCAGCUGGUGGAGUUUCACCAGAUCAACCGGGGCAUCCUGCCCUGCAAGCUCCGGCACUACUGCACCUGCGUGGCCCUCUGAGCCUGGCAUGGCACGGCACGGCUAGAACGGCAUGGCCGGCACGGCAUGGCCAACGUGACAUGGUCCUGCAUGGACGGUGUGGGCCUGCACAGCAUGGCCAGCACGGCAUGGCCAAUGUGACAUGGUCCUGCAUGGAUGGCAUGGGCCUGUAUGAAUGGCAUGGUCCUGCACAGCAUGACCGGCACGGCAUGGCCAACGUGACAUGGUCCUGCGUGGGUGUCAUGGGCCUGCACAGAUGGCAUGGUCCUGCAUGGCAUGGCCGGCACGGCAUGGCCAACGUGACAUGGUCCUGCAUGGAUGGCAUGGUCCUGCAUGGCAUGGCCGGCACGGCAUGGCCAACGUGACAUGGUCCUGCAUGGAUGGCAUGGGCCUGCAUGGAUGGCAUGGUCCUGCAUGGCAUGGCCAGCAUGGCAUGGCCAACGUGACAUGGUCCUGCAUGGAUGGCAUGGGCCUGCACGGAUGGCAUGGUCCUGCAUGGUAUGGCCGGCACAGCAUGGCCAACGUGACAUGGUCCUGCGUGGGUGUCAUGGGCCUGCACAGAUGGCAUGGUCCUGCAUGGCAUGGCCGGCACGGCAUGGCCAACGUGACAUGGUCCUGCAUGGAUGGCAUGGGCCUGCAUGGAUGGCAUGGUCCUGCAUGGCAUGGCCAGCAUGGCAUGGCCAACGUGACAUGGUCCUGCAUGGAUGGCAUGGGCCUGCACGGAUGGCAUGGUCCUGCACGGUAUGGCCGGCACAGCAUGGCCAACGUGACAUGGGCCUGCACGGAUGGCAUGGGCCUGCACGGCAUGGCCAACAUGACAUGGUCCUGCAUGGAUGGCAUGGGCUUGCACAGAUGGCAUGGUCCUGCACGGCAUGGCCAACGUGAAAUGGUCCUGCACGGAUGGCAUGGGCCUGCACGGCAUGGCCAACAUGACAUGGUCCUGCAUGGAUGACAUGGGCCUGCACGGCAUGGCCAACAUGACAUGGUCCUGCAUGGAUGGCAUGGGCCUGCACGGAUGGCAUGGUCCUGCACGGCAUGGCCAACAUGACAUGGUCCUGCAUGGAUGGCAUGGGCUUGCACAGAUGGCAUGGUCCUGCACAGCAUGGCCGGCACGGCAUGGCCAACGUGACAUGGUCCUGCAUGGAUGGCGUGGGCCUGCACGGCAUGGCCAGCACGGCAUGGCCAAUGUGACAUGGUCCUGCAUGGAUGGCAUGGGCCUGCACGGAUGGCAUGGUCCUGCACAGCAUGGCUGGCACGGCAUGGCCAACGUGACAUGGUCCUUUACGGAUGGCAUGGGCCUGCACGGCAUGGCCAAUGUGACAUGGUCCUGCAUGGAUGGCGUGGGACAGCGUGGGCAGCACGACGUGGCAGAGCAGGGCCAGCAUGGCACAGCCAGCACAGCAUGGCUGGGCAUGGUCCUGCACGGCACAGCCAGCAUGGUCCUGCGUGGUCCUGCAGAGCACAACUGGGCACAGCCAGCACGGCUCAGCCGCACGGGUUGGCACAGCCGGCACGGCGGAGGGUGGGGGGCACCGGCCACCGCGUCCCCUGCCCGGCCUGCGCGCCCCCCCGGGGCCGCUCCAACUGUGACGUGUUUUAUACGAGCGAGAAUAAAGGUUAUUUUUGCAGA